AUGGCGCAACAAGAGUCGACAUCGGUUCUUGCGACAUUCGUGCUAAGUGCUGUGGUACCUCUUAAUUCAGUUUUCCCUGUCAUUAUACUACAGCUGGCUACACCGGGUACGUUUCGGCGUCAGAAAGGAAGGCUUAUGCUAUGGGGAGUAAUCGACGUACUUAUCCUGGUACUGGUGAUUCGCGGCAUCUUGGUGCUUAUGAUGACUGCAGCCGAAGACAGUAUGCGAAUCGGCGGUGAUCCAAUAGGUCAGAAGGCUUGUGUGAACAUGGCCUUCGUGCCCUGGAUCAUCCUUUUCGUCUCGUUCGUCGCCAUGCUGUUCUUCAAUAUUUGGCUCGUUUAUCUAAGCAUCCGGAUACGAUCACGCGCUGGAGCCCAUAACAAAGAUAGCGAAUGGACGUUUGGACAGAUCCUGGCGCUCGCUACCUGGGUGCCCUUCCUAGCAGAAUUCGCAUACACGUGGUUGGAGGAGCCGGAGGACGCGUUGAAUGGAAGGUUACCGGCACCAUACGAAGUCGUGGUCGCAUCAACGGUAGAUGAUGCGUUUGGUACAGCACGACCGGGCAUCGAGCAAGCACGAGGUCAGUUCCAACGGCUUGCAGCAACAGAUUUGCCUUCGUUCGAGUCCAGUAAAGCUUCGACCUGGCCGUUCAAGACACAUUAA